AUUAGUAUAAGCAUGUAGUGAAUGAGAUGAGUGGCGGGGAGCGCAGGAGAGCGGGCAGCUGGGUGGCCGUCAUUGUUUACAAGUGGCGCCAGGAGGAGGCUGCGUGCACCCACCUGCAAGAUUUCCAAAUUAUAGUCGACUAGCAGACAUGGGUCGUCGCAAGUCAAAGAGAAAGCCACCUCCAAAGAGGAAGAAUAUUGAACCACUGGAUACGCAAUUUAAUUGUCCAUUCUGUAAUCACGAAAAGUCAUGUGAAGUUAAAAUGAAUAAACCAAGGCAUGCUGGAAGAGUUUCAUGCCGUGUGUGUCUGGAAGACUUCCAGUGUACUAUUAACUACCUCUCGGAACCUGUUGAUGUUUACAAUGAAUGGAUUGAUGCUUGUGAAACUGCAAACUGAUCGAUUCAGUUUGUGCAAUUUUUUUUAUGUUCAUCUUAAUUAUGAAAUACUGUAGUUGAGUUAUACAAUAGACUUGUUAUAGAAAUAAAGGAAUUACUUGUCAGAUUUUUCGAAU